UCCUAGAAUCCUAAGAAUCCUAGAAUCCUAGAAUCCUAGAAUGCUAAGAAUCCUAAGAAUCCUAGAAUCCUAGAACCCUAGAAUCCUAGAAUCCUAAGAAUCCUAGAAUCCUAGAAUCCUAAGAAUCCUAGAAUCCUAGAAUGCUAAGAAUCCUAGAAUCCUAAGAAUCCUAGAAUCUUAAGAAUCCUAAUAUCCUGCAAAUGCAAAAGUUUUCUUUUUGGGACGGUUCAGCUUGAACUAUUCAAUUGCUAAAAAUUUGAGUUUGCGGCAAAGGGAAAUUCUCCAUAAGGUCCAUUGAGUUGGCUAAGUUAAAAAGAAAAAGAAAAGCACGAUUUUUCGAGAAUAAAGUUAGCCCCGGUCGUCCUGUCGAGCGAUUUAUUACUGAAUUAGAUAUUCUUCUUCAAAAUUUACAUAAUGUACCUACUCAUAAUCGGCAUUAACAAUUAAAACAACAUCGAAAUAUUCCAUAUGAUAAUCUAAUAAUUACGGUCCGAUCAAGUCAAUCGCAACAUAUUCCAUUUUCGACACUUACUAAAAAGAAAAAUUAUGGUCGAUUAAUAAAGCGAUUAAGACAUAAACUUCGCUUAACCAACACAGUUCUUCAAAAAACUGAUAAGUCGAAGGUAUGUCAUUUGGGACAACUUCAAGAUUAUCAAAAGAAAUCAAAAGAAUAUAUGGAUAAAACUCAAGCAUAUCAAUGUCUUGGAAGCAAUGAUCCAUUACCUGAAUUGGUUCAACGUACAAACAAGUAUUUACUCGAUUAACGCUUAGCUAAAUGGAUAACACAAAAACAAUAUGAACAAUUAUGUGUGAAUCUCAAUGAAAUUGAAUUAGCUCAUUUAUAUUAUUUACCAAAAGCUCAUAAAUCCGAUACUCCCCUCCGUCCAAUUAUGGCUGAUCUUCAACAUCCUACGAUAAACAUUUCAAAAUUUCGCGAUAAUCUCUUAAGACCAUUAUUCGAUAAAAUGGCCAUAGACACAACGAUUGUCUCUGGCUAUGAAUUAGUAAAGAAAUUACAAGAAUGA